UCCGGCGGGCCACGGAAGGGUUCGACGGCCCAUGUGCUGAACUGCAGUAAAGCGUCACGCGUGUGGCUGCUAUCGAUACCGGCACGUCACAUCGUGGGGUCUGACAAGCGAAUCGUGAGAGUCGGUGGCCUGCGGCGGUGCACCGUGCUCGGCUAAAUUUAGACGAGGAAUGCAUGGCAAUCUAGAGGUCCUCUCCAGCGUGUUGGAACGUUUGGAAUGAAGAGUAGGUCGGAGAGAGAUGGAAUGCGAGCUGAAACAUGCAGAGAUGCCGCGGUGCGGUGCCGGGGGCGGUACCUGACGAUCGCGUGUCCAUCAGUCGGGCUAGGGCUGGAUGCUAUGGGCAAUUGGUGCCGGCGGCUCAAGCUGAUCGCACAUGGCAAAGAGGAGUCGCCAUCUCGGGUGCCUGGACGUGGCUGGAGACAUGGUCGCCGCUGGCCUGUGACGUCUCGCCCAGACAGACGGUGAGCAGAGUCUGCGCGGAAGGGCGGCAAAACCUGCUUGGUAGCAUCCGGUCAGAGGCAGGAUGGGCAUAUGAGUGGCUUCGGCAAGCUGUGGCGCGCGAACGCAGAUUAGCCACAGAUACGGGUGAUUGGUGUGCUGGAGCAGGCGGUACCAACUGGGCUUGCGCCGUGGCAGCGCACGGCUGUGAUUGCCCGUGUAGGGUAGCCCGAGCGUGCCAUCUGCUCGUCGAGCGCGCUGGUUUUGUAAGUGAUGGGCUGCGAUGUGGUGAUCGCGGGGGGUCCUGCGCCACUGCAUACGAGCAUCCAGCAAGCUUCUGCCGCGCUUGGCAGCUACACAAGCACGGCGGAGAGGGUGUGGCGCGCUGGUCGGCGCGCUUUCUUGCCCGUCUUGCCCCAGCUGGCCGCGGUUUCGCCGUCUUUGGCUCCUCUGGACGUGUUUGCAGCGCGAGCCCAAGGGUGCGACGUCGACGGCGGUUGGAGCUUGCGACAAGACGUGUGGCGCCCGUACGGUGGCCCAGCGCGCCCUAGCCCGUUGGCGACGAGGCGCGCGGUGUGAAUGGCUCGCUGCAGCUGAGGUCUACACAGCCUGCGUCGCGGCCCCGGCACCGCGAGCCCACAGGCCGCGUGCGAGCGAGGCUGCUGCUGCCGCUCUCUCCGGCCCAGAUUGCUGCCGCCCCAGUGCGCUCCCCAGCGAAAAGCGUCGACGAGGGUGACUGGUGCAUCGUGGUGCGCACAGCCAGGCGCCACGCUGCCGCUGAUUGACUGCCACCUUCUGCGCGCGCCGCCUGCGCAUCAUGGAUGUCGAGAUGGAUCGCCGUGGUCGCUGGCGCGCUCGGCUCGACUGGAAC